UCGUCUGCAACUCCAUCAUCAUCCCUGCCACCACCUGCUCUGCCUAUACCGCCAUCACCACCACCUACUCUGCCACCACCAAACCACCAACUCCACCGAACAUCACCAUCACUUACCCCUUCCUUCUAGCUACUUAUUCCAUCAAUCCCUCACGUUUCUUUCUUGAAACCCUAGGCGUGAGAAAUUGGUGAAUUAGGUAAGCCUAGAGAGAAAUUGGAAGCAUGGGAAUUACGCAAGGGAAGCAGAGAAGACAUGGGUCGAUGCUAAUUGAAGAGAAAUCGCAUCAAAGAAGACCAGGCGCAUCAAGGAUUGUCGAAUACUCACGAGUCACGCCUAAGGUGUCGAAUUGCAGUCAGGCGAUUCCAGGGUUUCAGAGUUAUAAAGCUUGACUGCAUAAAACCAAACAAGUUCCUUCUUAUUGAAAAUUUAAAUAUUGAUACAUAAAAGCUCUAAAGUUUUGAGUCCGGCGUCAUCUUCUGGACUGGAGUUUCAAUAUUAUCAUCAUCAUCCUUUCAUACAUAACACGAUACCUAUAAUGUCAUCUUCAUGUGCUGUUCUUCAGCAAGUCCGUCAUGGUCUCAUGCGUAGCGCAUUACGCAAAGUUUCUUCCUCUGUAUUACAACUCAUCGGACCCCCCUGAAAUCUAUAAAAUCUCCAACCCACCAUCACCACCACUGCCACCACCAUCGUGGAGUGGUAACCCAUUAUUUGACUUCUACUACCAUGUAGUUCCUGGCACGAAACCUAGAACUGUGGUUUGAAGAUUAGAAUUAGCUUGGGAAAAUGAUCCGUUGAUAGCUUUGAAGUUGAUAUGCAAUUCAAGGGGUGUUAGAGGGACUGGAAAAUCAGAUAAAACAAGUUUUUAUGCUGCUGCAUUAUGGCUUCACAAGCAUCACCCUAAAACCCUGGCUUGUAAUGUCAGGACAUUUGCUGAAUUUGGUUACUUCAAAGACCUGCCUGAGAUUCUUCAUCAGAUAAUAACAAAGGAAGGCUAUGAGGAGGAGGGGCCACUGCCGCAGCCCAAAUCACAGUUCACACCAAAGCUUGAGACCAGGGAAGAAAUGAUGGUUAGGAGACGAAAAAUACCUGCAGAAAUAAGGAUUCAAAAUAAUAUGAGAAGACUUCAGAUAGUGCAAAAAAAUGCGCGUAAACAGAGAAUUGAAGCAAGAAUCAAGAAAGCAGUGAGAGCAAUCGAGAUAUACAACGGGGAUGAGAAUUAUAGAUUCUUACACGACCGAAUCUCUGAAGUUUUUGCUGAGUGUUUAGUUUCGGAUUUGCAAAAUCUGAAUUCCGGUAAUAUUCUUAAGAUUAGUUUUGCUUCAAAGUGGUGUCCAUCUCUAGACUUAUCGUAUGAUCAAUCAACUCUUUUGUGUGAAAGUAUUGCCAGAAGAAUUUUCCCUCGUGAAUUAUUUCCCGAGUACGAAAAGAUUGAUGAAGCUCAUUACAGAUUCAGAAUCCGCGAUCGUCUGAGGAAAGAAGUCCUUGUCCCCCUUCGUAGUGCAUUGAAAUUACCUGAACUUUACAUGAGUUCAAACAACUGGUCAAUGUUGCCUUACAACCAAGUCCUUGACGUUGCAGAACUUCAGUGGAGGCGAAUGGUGGAAGAUUUGUUGAAAAUUAGCAAACUAAAAGAUUCUCUUGCAAUGUGGGGCGGCACAGCAAGUGGAAGAGCAAAGAAUGUCUCCACCGCUCUUAGUUUGUUAGUAUCAGAGAUGGGUCAGGGACCAUGGAAAGGAAAGCUUAUGAAUUUCUGGAAAACACCUGCACUGGAGAAGAUUGAAGGCGACAAUUUGAGGUACAAGGAGUAUUUUAUUAAAGAAGAAAUAUGUAGAAGUGUUGCUACAGAUUUCCAAAAAGUUUUCGACAUAAUAUUGCAAGUAGCCGCUGAUGAGAAGUUGAAGGAAGAUGAAAUGAUAAAGAGACUUUAUGUGUUCACUAAAAUGGAGUUUAAGUAUGCUUCUCAUAAGGUCAUUAGAUACCGUCUUAAAGAUGACGGUGAGGUAUUGGAACAAGUUAACGGCGAUUGGGAGACGGACUACCAGGAGAUACAGAAGAAAUUUAGAAAGAGAGGAUUCUCAAACGUGCCUGAAAUUGUGUUCUGGAACUUGCAACAUCCUGUUGCAACUGUAGUGAAGGGUGGAUACACGGGUGUGACACUAGUCAGUGGCUUUUCUUACGAGUUGCUGAAAUUAUUUGUUGAAGGGGAUGUUAAUGAUAUAAAUCCGCUGGAUUCGAUGGAAAGAGCAAUCUCGGGAAAGGAAUACGACAAACUCAUGGUAGUUGAUUGAAAAUCUGGAUUCUCUCGGAGCUGUCUGUUAUUUCUAAGCAGCAAUUUCUUCUGUUUUAAUUUUACAGUUCAAGUUCAUCUAUAUCUUAAUCUUCAGUAAUUUUCCUUCUCAAACAAACUUCUUUGUGUCGUUCUGACGAAGUCAACAACGUCAUCUGUUGCUGUAAAUUUUUUUGGUUUGGUUCGGAUUCAGAUUUGAUUAGAAACGAUAAAUGGUUCAUGGUUCUUCAUCAAAUCA